AUGUCUCCGACAUUGCGUACUCCUGUGCCAUCGACGAGCCUGCUACGAUUCCUGCGAUCCCAAACGGAGACGUCAUUUACCUUCGGCCAGGGCCACCAUUGUGCUGCCCUUCGAUCUAGCCACGCUCGACCCGUGAGCCAGAAUCCCCAUUGCUUCGCGAGGAGGCCCGUAAGGACAGGAACGAGAUCCAUCUCAACAACGGCGGCGGCGACGACUUGUAAGAGGCCCGGUCUUCUUCGAACUUUGCCACUCUACCCCGAGUCCGUAACCAGCCGAGUAGGCCGCAAAUGCAGCCCAGACGUCGCAUUCUUCAGCACAACCUGCACAAGACGGGAUGCCUGCGAUGAUGGCUCGCCAGUUCCACGACGGACGUGGAAGGAAAGGCUCUGGGGAAUAAGGGGAAGAGGAGGGGCAAAGCCGCUGCAACCCAACGACCUUCCAGUACACGAUGACGGUGAAGGCGGUUCCAUGUUCAACAAUCGCCGAAUAUUGACCGCGAAGGCUGCCUUGGAGCCAAGACUGCGAUGCACUGAAGUGGACGAAAACGGGGAGGUAAUUCUGGUGGAUGGAGAAUUCAAGAAGACGGAGCUCAUUGCAAAGUACGGCCUGCUGCCUCGUGACUUACGGAAGAUUGACUCUUCCAAUUUGCCUCACAUUCUAGUCCGCCAGUCGGCGAUUCUUCUGAAUCUUCUGCACCUGAAAGUCCUCAUCAAGAAGGACCGCGUGCUACUAUUUGACGUUUACGGCUCGAAGACUUCAUACCCGCAGUCCGCUUUCAUGUACGACCUGCAGGGCAAGCUGAAGCAGAAAAACGUGCAUGGCGGCGUGAACGGCCUGCCAUACGAGUUCCGAGCCUUGGAAGCGGUGCUGACAUCGGUCACGUCCGAACUAGAAGCCGACUUCGAAUCCGUACGUGACCCCGUCAUUCGCGUACUCAGCGAGCUUGAAGACGACAUUGACCGUCACAAACUGCGUAUUCUCCUUAUUCUUUCCAAGAGGGUGAGCACCUUUGAGCAAAAGGCCAAGCUCGUGCGGGACGCCAUCGAGGAGUUGCUAGAGGCGGACGAUGAUCUGGCGGCUAUGUACCUGACUGAGAAGGCGCACGAUCUCUACCGCGGCGUGGACGAUCACACCGAGGUUGAGUUGCUGUUAGAGUCGUACAACAAGCUCUGCGACGAAAUCGUACAGGAGGCCCAAAACUUGGUGUCCAGCAUCCGCAAUACCGAGGAAAUUAUUCGCGCCAUCCUUGACGCAAACCGCAACUCCCUAAUGCUCUUGGACCUUAAGUUCAGCGUUGGUACCCUGGGUCUAGCCAUGGGCACCUUUCUCGCCGGCCUCUACGGUAUGAACCUCGAGAACUUCAUCGAGGAGACCAACUGGGGCUUUGCCGGCGUCACGGGCAUUUCAAUCGUAUGCUCGCUCAUCGUCUGUUGGUACGGCCUCGUUAAGCUGCGCAAGGUUCAGCGCGUCAAGAUGAUGUUCGACGAACGCGGGCCUCUUUCCCGCAGUAGUAGCAUCGGCACUACGAGCAACCGGAGCCAACACUGGUUCCAGGACGACGGCCCCGUCGGCCUACUCGAGGCCCGGAACCGCGAAAAGUUUAGAAGGGUGACGAACCAGAAGGCAGCCGCUGCGGCCGCUAAUUCUAAGGAAGCGGCCAAGAAGAAGUGGUUCUGA